AUGGCAAUUGUGCAAUUAAAUGUUGCCGAGGCGCGCUUCAAAUCUAACUCAAAACUCAUUACGGACUUGCCCUCAGUAUCCGACUUUCAAUUGGACAAGAUCUUGUCUGAAAUCGUUUCUCCAGACAUCAAUAACCUUAAAGAUUCAGUUCUUCUAGCUAGAGACAAUUAUCAACGAGAUUUGAGGCAUGAGCUAAAAAAAUAUCUUUGUUUGGAGCAACAGCUUCAGCACAAAAACAUAAAAGUCUUGAGAAUGUCUAAGGCUUUCUUGGAUAAACUUUCAAAGUUGAAAAAGGAGGCCCACAAAUCGAAGAAGUCAGCAACCAAAUUGAAAUCGGGUAGGCAGGGCCGUGAGGAAAGUUUUGAUCUCAAGGUAGUUCAAAAUAAUUUAUCACUCAAUUCCAAACGGGCACGCAAUUUACUCACGAGACUAAUACAAUUGAAUACCAAAGUGACCGGCUCGACUCAAAUAAAUGCUGAAACAACACCAUUGAUUUAUAGGCUUGGAAGGUCGCAUCAAGACAAUUCUGGAAAAUCAUCGAAUGUGUCUCCCUCGGAUAACUCCAAAGCUUCACACAACUCACUUUCAAAUGAAACUUUAAGUACAGACUAUGAGGCGGGCGAUUUCAAUCAGAUUAUAGAAUCCAACAUAUAUUUGUACAGACAGCGAAUCAUGGCAAAGCAAAAAGAAAAAGAAGACAAAUGUCAGGAGUCGUUUCUGGAAGGUUUUGACGAUGAUCGGUCCCCAACACAAAAGGUGAAGGGUAAACCUUCACUACAUAACUUUGCUACUGCGAAGUCCAGUGCAACCGUAUUUGAAACCAAUCUGAACUCACUACAUAAGAAACUCCGCAUAAAUCCUCAUCCAUUGGCCAUAUAUAAUAGUGUCAUGAGCGGAAGCGCUCUAGAUGAAACCGAGGUUUUUGGAGACGUUUCUGGGGUAAGUCGAAACGAAAAAUUUGUAGACUCUUCAAGAGCGGGAAAAUUUACAUCGGGACCUUCUGAGACACUUUAUCUCAAAAUAUUACAAAUAUCUGAGGCGAAUCAAUUGCAAAAUUCCUCCGGGUCGGAUGGCAGCAUGUCAGACGAGGAACAGAGCCAAAGUUCCUCUUCAAAUCAAAGCGCAGUACCGCGUGGGUCUUCUGCAGCCUCUGACAAACAAAAUUUCUUCUCGUUCCAUCCAGUUCAGAAACAUACCCCUCUCCAUCAUACCCAUCGACCUAGUCAGUCAAUUUUGAAAAAGAAGUGCAUACCUAUGACCAAACCAAAAGUGUUGGCUCCUGGAAGUUCUACUUCACAAGAUGAUACGACUCUGUCAAAACUGAAUCAGAGUAAAGGAGAUUUUCCGGUGAGCGCAGUCUCUGUGAGAGGACAUUUCAUAUCAACCACGGAAUCUAUUACUCCUAUUUUGCAAGCAAUGAGAAGUCCCGAUGCUCCAACUGAUGAUUCUCGUGGCGAGACAAACGUUGAACUGUGA